CCCUCUGCAAUGGGCAGCCGGAGGGGGCCGGCGAUUCUCGCGCCGCCGCUGCUGCUGCUGCUGCUGCUGCUGCUGACCGCGACCGCCGGCCAGGGCAGGACCCAACCCGGACAGCUUCGGGACAAGCAGACCCUCCUAAACCUGAUCAUGGAGAUCAUUCAGCAACUCCAAAAGUACCAGCUGGGCCAGGACGGCAGGUGGCAACUCUUCUCCAAACAGGAUUACACUUUGGGCCGAAGGGAAGUCACCGAUUACGGGGUCUAUCCGGACGAGCAGAGGGUCGAAAUUGUCCCUCGAGAUCUGAGGAUGAAAGACAAGUUUUUAAAACACUUGACCGGUCCUCUCUAUUUUAGUCCAAAAUGCAGUAAACACUUUCAUAGACUUUAUCACAACACCAGAGACUGCACCAUCCCAGCAUACUACAAAAGAUGUGCCAGGCUUCUGACUCGGUUGGCUGUAAGUCCAAUGUGCAUGGAAGGAUAAGGUAGUGACUACCCUUUCUAAAGGAGCAAACAGAACCAGGAGAAGUGCCUUGGAAACUGACAGGGAAAUAGAACUCUCUACCUUUUUAAACAUAUUCCAUUGUGAACAAGAGAUUUAUUUUUGCAGACCAAAAGACUCUUCCAUAAUUCCUUUAACAUGUGUUUUGUAUGUUGUCAACACUGCAAAUCUAUAUUCUGUACAUUAAUCUUACUGCCAGUAGUAGACGGCACUCCUUUUCAAGAAAAACAAAAAAAAAAGGUAACAUUCAACUUUUGAUGUGUAGUCCUGCCAAAUACAGAUAAAACAUGCGUCUUUUUCAACUGGAAAUUUCAAUCUUAUUGACUUGUUCCGAGACCUCAUGGAAUACAUCUUUUGCUCUUCGUAUAAUCGGAAUUAGUUUGAAAAAGAAAGCUUUUAACAGAGGGUAUUGUUACUUGACAGCUUUACCUCUUUUAUGAUUACCCUUCGAGUUUAUUUCAAGCUGCAUGGAAAACUCAAAAAGCCAACUGAAUAAUAUUUUGGAGACAGUGGAGUAUGGAUUUGUGAAAACAGACCCAGGCUAAUUUCAUUUGCUCUAUGUACAAUAAAUGUAUAAAACAUUCCAGCUAAUGUGCAAUAUGUAAAUACUGUAAAUAAAUAUACGAAAUAAAUGAAGUGUUUGGUAUAGUAAGUUGACGCUGAGGUGCUUUUCU